GUCUGGGCGCUAUUACCGGGUUGGGCGGGCCCUGUCUGGGAGGGGUCUGGAAGAGAGCCCUGGGUUCACCGCCAGCUGAGGAGAUGGAUGAGGACGGGCUUCCUCUCAUGGGGUCGGGCAUAGACUUGACCAAGGUGCCAGCUAUUCAACAGAAAAGAACGGUGGCAUUUCUAAACCAAUUUGUGGUGCACACAGUACAGUUCCUCAACCACUUUUCUACAAUUUGUGAGGAGAAACUGGCAGACCUUUCUCUUCGUAUCCAACAAAUUGAAACAACUCUCAAUAUUUUAGAUGCAAAGUUGUCAUCUAUUCCAGGAUUAGAUGAUGUCACAUUUGAAGUACCUGCUGUAAGUGUCAAUAGUGUCAAAAAUGGACCACAGUCUGAAGCCACUUCAGUGCAAUCACGGCAGAACAGUGUACAAGACUCUGGACCACGGGAAGGUGAAGUAGCAGCAGAAAAUAUCUUAACUGUAGCCAAGGAUCCAAGAUAUGCCAGAUAUCUCAAAAUGGUUCAAGUGGGUGUUCCAGUGUUGGCAAUAAGAAACAAAAUGAUAUCUGAAGGACUAGACCCGGAUCUUAUUGAAAAAGCUGCUCCUCAACCACAGCUUGGAGCCUGAAUUCUGACCCAUUACCUCAUAAGUACAAGCCAUUGGUCACCGGGGGCACUGGUUGGAGUCAGGGUGACUCACUGUAACCUAUCACCACUACUAGCAAACCAGCUCUAACUACAUUCAGCAAGAUAUGAUAAGUAAAAUCAAUCGCCUUGUUAACAGAGGAAUUCUGGCACUUUUGAAAUCAUGUUUAAAGUUAUGGCGUCUCACUUUGGCAGAAAAGUAUGAUGAUGGAAGAGAAGAAAAUGUGCCAUCUGAAGGAGGCACUAAGUAUUUUACUUAGAGCCUUAGGUACCUCUUAAACCUCAGCGAAGAAGUUUCCGUAAAGAUUAUUCUGUUUUCUUUUUUAAAGUCUAAAUGUACACAUUCUUUUUAUUAACCUUAGGUAGUAAGACAAACUCAUACAACUCUUGGAAGAAAUAGUUUAGAUUUGUCUGCACUGAGCAAAGAGCAGAACUCAGGUUGAUUUAGAAAUAAAUACUGAUCAGAAAAUACAUUGUUAUUUGAUUGGCCUAUCUGAAAAUAAAAUUUUAGAAUUUAAGAGUACAAAAUUUGAAACUAAGAAAACUUACGUGAUAAGGUGGGAAAGAACCUAGAAAUUUCCUAGAAAAAUAAUUAUCAAAGAAGUUUAGAAAGUCUAUAAAACUGAAGAAAUGCCUGAUAACUACCAAAUAAAUAGUAUUUGUUUGAUACUUCUAAGUGGUGGUUUAAUUCUUUUAAAAAAUCCAAGUUUUUAAAAGUAAGAAUCAUUUUUAUAUAAUCAAGAAUUAAGUCCUCGUUAGCUUAUACAAAAUAGGUUUCCAUUGUCAAUGAAAUAAAAAGGUACGUGAAGGGACACUUUUGUGACCAGCAAACUCAAAGGAGUUUAAGGGAAAACAAAAUGAAAAUUUUUAAUUUGUCUAAAGGUUAAUCUGUUUUAAUUUUGCUUUCAGCAAUAUAGACCAGGUAAAUCAUGCCUUAUAAAUUCAUUCAUUCAGUACCUAGAUUUCCUUAACAGGGAAAAAAGUUUUCUUCUUGAAUUCAUGUUCCAGGACUCAAAUUACUGUUACUAGCUAGUAAUGACUGCUUUUACUGCUCUGGGACAAGUAGCCUCUGGACCUGCCAGUCAACAAGAGAUUGGAUUCAGGAUAGUUAAGCUUCAGACUAAGGCAGACUUUGGAGAUACUCUGCUUGCUUGGGUUCAGAUUCUGCCCUGCCACCUUCUAGCUGUGUGACUCUGAAUUAAUUAGCUAACCUACUGUGUGCAUCAGUUUUCCCAUGCCUAAAAUGAGAAAUAGAAGAGUUCAACCCUCAUAGAGCUGUUCAGAUUAAGUAAGAAAAUGAUGUAAGCAAUUAGCACAGCUCUGGACAAGCAGUAAAUGUUCAAUAAAUGUUAGUUGUGAUUUAUGAAUGUUUUAAUGGAGGAAUAUUUAACAAGUUCUAAACAAUGGAUUUACCAAGCUUUUAAAUCACAAUUUGUUUAUAAUUCUGUGGUCGCCCAUAUACCAUUGUGAUUUCAACAAAGACAUAUUUAACGUGCACAAAAUAUCCUUUUAAAUUAUAUUCUGUAUUCUUAAAUUGAAAAUCUGUAUUUUCAGCUUCAUAGUAAAGAACAGACUUCUGACGUUGAAAUUCAGCUGGUCACAAUCUUAGUGGGAGGGUGCGGUUUGCAGCACAUUGAUUUAGCUGAAGAAGGCAUGUCAUUGAGUUCAAAGUACUGUUCAGGCUUUUGAACAGAACCAGCCCAAAUGACAUUUGUCCUGGAGGUAUGUACCAAAAGAUAUUUAUACCCUUCUCCCAAGCUGUGCAGUGAUCACUCUUGUGGUUGCCAGAAAUAAAAGUAAGCACCUCAGCCUACUUAUCUCUGAGACGAGACUCCUCUUUAUUAGGGUUGACCAAAACGAUAGUGGAAAGCAGGAAAACUUUAUUGACUGUAACUUAAAACAUGUACAGAGGAUUUUCCUGCACUCUAAGGAAAUUCCUUAUCUACUAGUCAUAUAUAUUUGUCUACCUCCCAAUACACAACGACAUAAUAGAUUAAGGGUUGGUUUCUGGCUGGUUGAAGAUAGAGUAGACCUCAAUCCCCCAACUGGAAAAUUCGCAGUUAUUAUUGGCCCCAUUUUUUUAGUUCUUGCUGACCUGGGUUCCCAUUCAAUGUAACUCCCAGUCCUCAACCACUAGCUGGCAAACCUUGUCUAUAAAUUACUGUACAGGUAAAAACAAUGCCAAAAAUUGUGAUUGGAAAACUGUGAUUGGGAACCUUGACCACAAGAGAGAGAGAAUACAAAUAUCAAAGAGGUGGUGUUAAAAAAGCAGUUAUGGUCUCCCAAUGGCUAGCAGCGAAGAGAUAGCAGAACUUCUGGGAAACAGAGGCUCCCAAGUUCAAUGGCAGAUGCCAGUCUUUCCUAGGAUAGAUUGGUUUCUCUUUCUUUAUGAUAUUAGGCAUUAAAUUAUUUCCCUGGUUGCAAGAGUUCACUUACCAAGACAGGAACAGGAUAUACCCAUCUUGAUAGGCAUUCAGAAGAGAAAAAGCCAAAGCAUCUAUAGUUUAAGUGUAAUGAUAAAUUAGCUACUAUAAUACCCAAACCAAACCAGUUGUAAAAUUGCUUUUGAUUAAUAGCAACCCCAGGUGUGUCAGAGUAGAACUGUGCUCCAUAGGGUUUUCAGUGGCUGAUUUUUUUGGAAGUAGAUUGCCAGGCCUUUCUUCCAAGGCACCUUUGGGUGGACUUGAACCACCAACCUUUCUGUUAGCAGCCAAGCUCAUUAACUGUUUAUACCACCCAGGGACUCAGCUACUAUAAUUUCAAGGUUGAAAUUGUUAUAUUUAUAACUUCCCUAGAGAUCCUUAUGUAGUUAAUACAGUCUGUGUUCAGAAAUCGUAGUGUUUUGCUCUUUCCUUAACACCUGUCGCCAUCACGUAGAGCUGACAAAACACCACUAAUUGACAAAAAUGAUGUCAUGUGAUACUUGUCUUCUUUCCCCAAAUCUGCUUUCUAAUGUUUGUAAAUGUGUGUACUACUUACAGAUAUAUUAAGAUAUUAAUAUUAUAUUAAUAUUCACAUAUUAAGAUAUUAAUUCAACCCUAAUAUACCUAAGGAAACCCCAGUGGCAUAGUGGUUAAGAGCUAGGGCUGCUAAACAAAAGGUUGGCAGUUCGAAUCUACCAGGCGCUCCUUGGGAGCCCCAUGGGGCAGUUCUACUCUGUCCUAUAGGGCUGCUAUGAGUCGGAAUCGACUCGACAGCAGUGGGUUAAUAUACCUAAUGAAGUAAAUGUACUUCUUCCGUUUCAUUUUUACAGUUUUACUAUUUUAAAAUAUAAAUUAAUAACCUUAGUAUAUGUUCUAGUUGACACUGAAAGUGAUUUGAAUGAUGAACACAGCACCCUCUCCACCAUCCCCCGCUCAGCAAUAUUUUUACUAACAAAGUUUUUGGUACUUCAUCUGUUUUAAAUUGAACUGUUUUAAGUUUAAAACAGAUGAAAAAUGUUUUUAAACUAUUUACCUACAUAAAUAAAUGUUUUUCUGAAGAAUGUUUAUAUGGUUUUUGGAUCCUUAAAAUGGCUAAGGGUUUAAGCACAAAUAUAAAUCUCCAUUUAAUGAAAAACUAAAGCAAUAAUAUUUGUAUUUUGGGACUCUUUUGUUGUUCCAGAUCACAGAGACCAACUCAGACUAGCUUAAGCAAAAAAAAAAAAAAAACAACUUAUUAACUCAUAUA